AUGAAUCCAUGUAUAUCCAACCAAACACUUUUCGAAAGAGGUCCGUUUGUCGCUACUAGUUAUGACUAUGAUGCUCCACUAGAUGAAUAUGGUUUGAUUAGGCAGCCAAAAUAUGGUCAUCUAAAGGAGCUUCAUAGAGCUAUCAAGAUGUGCGAGCAAGCUUUGGUUUCAACCGAUCCAAUCGUUACUUCAUUAGGGAGCUCCCAACAGGUUUUAACUCGAUUCAAAGUAUUUUUAGCUAUCUGCUUGUAUUUAGCUUAUUUAUAA